AUGGGAGGAAUAUGUGAAGCUAAUCGAGGAUACCCGAUUGUCGAAUCAGGUCCUUUUGAGUGCAUCCUGCCUACAGAGAUCAAACCUUAUGAAAUGAAGAGUAAUCUUGUGGAGGUGCAGGAGAUGUGUGCCACCAAGAUUCAAGCCUUAUUCAGAGGGCAUUAAGUGCGAAAAAAGAAAAGAGAACUUGAAUAAUCAUAUUAUCCAGAUUCAAAGGUGGCUGUAAAAACAGAUCAGGUUCCAGAAAUAUUCCAUCAUGAAGUUUCGAAAGUGAUGUUAUAAUUAGGAGCUUUUGAUUAUUCAAAAUGCCAAUCAAUGCCUGGGGCUAAGACUUUAUGCGCUUAUUAAUUUAUUGAGAAGGGAGGGAUCUAUAUAGGUUAGUGGAAGGACCAUAAGAGGAAUGGAAAAGGAAAGCAUAUAUUCGCAGAUGGGUCAAAUUUAUGA